CUCAGUCGGCACCCUGCAAUUAGUAGGCGAGAUUCGUUCGCCGCAUCGAUUCGUUACGAGAUAAUUGCUCCGAAGAAUUUUCUUUGACAUGAAAAUUUUGUCGCGCGAGUGCCAAUUCCGGAGUUAGUGAGAAGUGAGGUUCCGCAUGGGAAUCUAUGGGACGACAUGAAUUGCACGUAUUACCAACAGCACGGGGGCUCGCACCCCGCGCCUCAUAAUGUUAAUAACAAUUACUUCAACGAGGUUAGUAUCGACCCCGUGUCCGCGGACCACAAGGACAUGAAGAUAUUAGAACACCCGAGCUUACGCGGCACACCGCUGGCGAUGCUGGCGGCGCAGUGCAACAAGCUGUCGAGCAAGUCCCCGCCGCCGCUGGCGGACGCGGCCGUCGGCAAGGGCUUCCACCCGUGGAAGAAGAGCCCGGGCGCGCACUCCCCGCCUGGCGCCGGCGCUGUGCCGCGCGCUCAGCCCUCCGCCUGCGGGCCCUACGCACGCGGUCCCACCUCCUGUGCCGCCGCACCCUCCUACGGCAACGACCUUUACUUCCCCUCAUCAGGGGACCAACUCCUCGGCAAGAGCGAAUCCAGUGCAAGCCUAGGGUCGAUGUACUCGCGACACCCGUACGAAUCGUGGCCUUUCAACGUGAGCGGCGGUGGUGGUAGUGGAGCUUUGAAAGCCGCUGAAAUGGGCGGCGUCGGUGCCGUGGGCAGCACGUGGUGGGACGUACACAGCGGCUGGCUGGACGUGGGCGGGCAGAUGGCCAACUACGCCGGACAGGACUACUCGCAGCUCACUCACUCGCUGUCGGGAGGAGCACACCUGCUGCCACCUGCACCGCACCUGUUGCAGGACGCGUACAAGUCGGUGCUGCCGACACAGGGCUCGUUCGGGCUGCACGGACCCGGCUCGCCCGCACCGCCUGCGCAGGCGCCCUCACCGCGCUCUCAACGUCGCUACGCAGGCCGUGCCACCUGCGACUGCCCGAAUUGCCAGGAGGCCGAGAGGCUCGGCCCGGCGGGCGCGCAUCUCAGAAAGAAAAAUAUACACAGUUGUCACAUUCCUGGCUGCGGCAAAGUAUACGGCAAGACGUCGCAUCUAAAAGCUCACCUCCGCUGGCACACGGGCGAGCGGCCGUUCGUGUGCAACUGGUUGUUCUGCGGGAAAAGGUUCACGCGGUCCGACGAGCUGCAACGACACCUGCGCACGCACACUGGUGAGAAGAGGUUCGCGUGUCCCGUGUGCAACAAACGGUUCAUGCGGUCCGACCACCUGGCGAAGCACGUGAAGACGCACAACGGCGGCAAGAAAGGCAGCUCAGAGUCGUGCUCAGACUCGGAGGACAACAGUCAGGGUGAGGGCGGCGCGGGGCGCGGCUCGCCGGAGCACGCGCUGGACGUGAAGCCGGGCGCGCUGGUGUGACGCGGGCGCGCGGCGCCCCGGCGCGGCCCGCCCUCGCCGCGCACCACCCGCCGCUGCUGUGAUCACACUCUCCUGAUAGUGACGCGACCGCGUCCGCGCCGCAUCCGCUUGUACAUACCACACAUAUCAGACCCUGUAUAGACACGUGGACCGGACCUAGUGAAAGACGUUGCGGUGCUCGACACCUAAGUGUAUGUAUUUGUUGUGACGAUCGAGUGUUGUACAUAAUAGAUACUAUUGAAUAAUAUCUAAUAUUAAUAUAGUUAGAAAUUGUAUGGUAAAUUAGGAUAUAAGUAGAAUCACUCUUUAGUCCAAAAUUGCCGUUUGUUAAUUUAUUACAAUACACGUGAUACUGUGGUGAAAUGUUAUGUAUAUUUAAAUUACUUCAAUCAUAUAAAAUGUUAUGUGUGAAUCUUUGGGAAAUUCGUUGCAAUGCCUAGUCGCCACUAAUAAGAUCAAAACCACAUAUGGUUGGUCACCUAAAAACCUUAUUUAAAAGAUAAGUUAAAAGCAAAAAGUGUAACUUCAGUGGAUUAUCAAAGUAGGGACACUACCUACUUAAUACUAAAGUGUGAGUAUCCACCAUUUCUUGGAAAGUGACUUACUAUUGCAUAAGUUUAUGUGCAUUAAGUCCCGGUAAAGUCCUCGGGAAAUUACGGAUUUAAUUUUGCAUUUUCCUCAUAGUACAGGAACAAACUGUUAAACUAAAGCUAAGAACAUGCAUACUGUACUGUAGCAGUUAUAAAUAAUGAAUCGUUAUUUUACAACAAUUGUGAUCUUAUAUAUCUUUAUUAAAUGAACACGCUGUAAAAAUAUUUUAUUCUCCGUUGUAUAUUUAUUACAAACGAACCAAAAAAGACUACAUCGACCAAGUUUCAAAAAUUAUUUAAGUACGAUGUGUUUUGUGGAAAUGAUACAAUGGCGAAUUCGAAAAAUUAUUUGUCUUUCGAUUAAGGGUUUCAUAUCGUCUGAAUUGUUUUGUAAAAAUUGCUCAACGUUUCAAAAUAUAUAUAAUAAUAAGGGUAAAAAGUAUUCAAGAUUUACAAAACAAAUCACACAAUAUGGACAUCGGACCCUUACACUAUUUUGUUAGCUUGAAAGUUGUAAUUGUAUUACUAUAUUAUAUUGUACAAAAAUUGUGCGAAUUAAAAAUGCCUGAAAUUGAUUUUAUAAAAAUUGAAAUAUAUUUUUUCCGAG